CGGGGGUGCUCGGACCCGCUUCCGCCAUGUCCGACAUCGAUAGUAAUCCGUUUGCGGACCCGGACCUAAAUAACCCAUUCAAGGAUCCUUCAGUCACACAGGUGACAAGGAACGUACCAUCUGGAUUAGAAGAAUAUAAUCCUUUUUCAGAUUCACAAACGCCACAACCAGCAAAAGUCAAAAUGCCGACGGCAGCACCAAGCACACAGCCAGCGAUCAUGAACCCAACAGAAGAGCCAUCAGCAUACAAUCAAAUUUCAAAGGAGCAUGCUAUAGCCCAGGCCGAGCUCCUCAAGCGGCAGGAAGAGUUAGAGAAAAAGGCAGCAGAGCUCGAUCGUAGGGAACGAGAAAUGCAAAGCUUCAACCAACCUGGAGGAAGGAAGAAUAACUGGCCUCCUCUCCCUGGAAACUUUCCUGUUGGGCCUUGUUUCUAUCAAGAUUUCUCCGUGGAUAUCCCUGUGGAAUUUCAAAAGACUGUAAAGAUUAUGUAUUACCUGUGGAUGUUCCAUACCGUCACCUUGUUUGUAAAUAUCUUUGGCUGUUUGGCCUGGUUCUGUGUUGAUUCGGGGCGAGGCGUUGACUUUGGAUUGGCAAUCCUGUGGUUUCUGCUCUUCACGCCAUGUUCGUUUGUGUGCUGGUAUAGACCACUCUAUGGAGCCUUCAGGAGCGACAGUUCAUUCAGGUUCUUUGUGUUCUUCUUCGUGUAUAUCUGCCAGUUCGGCGUGCACGUGCUUCAGGCCGCAGGGUUUCAGGGAUGGGGAAACUGCGGAUGGAUUUCUGCAUUGACUGGGCUGAACCAGAGCAUUCCAGUUGGAAUAAUGAUGAUCAUCAUUGCUGCACUCUUCACUGCCUCUGCUGUCAUAUCACUAGUGAUGUUUAAAAAGGUGCAUGGGCUGUACCGGACAACGGGCGCUAGCUUCGAGAAGGCUCAGCAAGAGUUUGCCACCGGAGUGAUGUCCAACAAGACAGUGCAGACCGCCGCAGCAAAUGCUGCCUCUUCAGCUGCCCAGAAUGCCUUUAAGGGUAACCAGAUGUAGGAGAAUCCAGCGGCAAGCAGCCCUUAUUACUGUCAUGCUCUCUUCCUCCAUUUGUUUUUACAGUACAGACAACAGACUUUUCAAUUGCACUUGCCUUGUGUAUUUGCUACAUUAUGCCCAGUAAGUGCCGUAGGGCACAAGAACAAGUUUGUUUCUGGGAGACCCCCAGGUACUUAAAGGGGGAUAUUAACUGUGCAUGGGCUAAAUCCCUAAAGCGAUUACAAGCUCCACCAUCACCAUCGCCCCACUAAUUUGCUUAUAUCUUCCCACUCGCCCUCCCAUGUAUUGUCCAAAGGCUGAUGUGAACUCUAGGCUACAGGGUUUUUAACUCAAAAGAUUUUUAAAUUGCAACAGUAUUUGCCUAUUCCCCCCUAUAAAGAGCAGGCAUUGUCUAUUUUUAAUAAUAGAAGUGUUUUCGUUAGUGCUAUAUCCAUUUUAAAUUAAUGGUAGAUUGUAGUGGGAUUUUUAUGGGUUUUUUUUUUUCCGUUACGGCAGCCAAUGAAAUGCUACGUGCAAGGCGUCGUUAGUCACAUUCGUUAUGUUACAUUUGGUUUUUUUUUUUUAAAUUAUAUUUUUAGUUGUGCAUAACUUAACAGACUCCCGCCAGUGUACGAGUGUUACUUGUACUUUAAGCGGGGUCCCUCCUUAUUGCAUUUAGCCUGACCCCUGUGUGUGUGUGUGGAUAGAAUUGUUGGUACAGUACAUUCUGUAGAAUGUCUAUAAAGCAAUGUACAGUUUCACUAGUGCUUCUGACUAGAAAGGGAACCCGUGGCAUUUGCUGUUUUUUCUCUUUUCCCGUGCAUUUGUGAUCUUUCUUUGCACACUUCUUCCUAUUUGCCGGUUUAUUUAAUGCAGUGUUAUUAAUCUUUGUGUGUGUAGAAGUCGUUUUUACAUGAUGCACUUUUUAUUUUGUCCAUUGGCCUGUGCUUGUCUGUUACAGCAGGAAAGGCA